GAUAAAUGUCAAAUGUGAGCAAGAAGGAAAGUCAUUGGACACGCAAGCCUGAUGGUAUUGUCUGGUAGAUCACGUCUGGAUUCCCUGAUCACCUUGUAAACGUUGUUCUACAAUAAACAUAAAUAAGGCUCAACACCUGUCACAAAACUCACCACCAGCUCGGCUGCACUUAGCAGCAAUGAAACGCCUUGUUGGAACAUUGCUGGGAAAGAGGAAACAAAACUCGGAAACACCGAGACACGAAAAACCUGAUGAAUCAAUGAAAUGGUCACCAUCACCACAACCAAACACAUCCACAUCUGGCGGGAAUGAAACAGCGAGUGCAUCUGCAGUUAUCCAAACACGUUGUGAUACGGUUGCAAAUCCCAACCAGUGUUCCAGCAUUUUGGGUGCGUCGAGUGAGAUGGCUUCCAAUGAAACUGAACCGAUAGCCAAUGCAGAGGGCGAUGCUAUGAUCUGCGGUGUGGAUCAGACACCCGGCAACACACCAGAAGCCAAUGUCUUCUCUUUACCUGACUUUGAGGAAAGUCUUAAAGAUACGAUAACGAACAAAGGCACAAACACCUUAUUCACCGAGACCCUGGCCCUGUACAACGGGUACCAGCUGCACAGACUGACAAAGUUCUAUCGGGACAGAUUGGAACAGGCCAUUGAGGAAGGCGUGGAGGACAUCAGCUCAAGGCUGACACAGAAGGAAUGUUUCAGCCCCCAGGAGCACAAAAAACUCACUGAGCUCACACACAGUGGGCGGAAGAGACAAAGCUCGAAACUUCUUCUGAACAUGGUGAUGGGGAAAGGUUCCCAGGCCAGGAUAGUGAUGUGGGAAUCCUUUGUGAAAAUGAGGCCAACUUUGUACAAACUGAACAAAAUCAUGACUGAAAUACAGGAACAAGGUGCCAGUCUAGUGAAUGAGGUGACCAUCGACCGAGGUGUACCAGACGUCUCCAGUGAUAUGAUAGCUAUUCAGCGACUGCACAAGGAGACGUUACAGAAACAAUGUGAGAAACUGGAAGUGAAGACCAUCCUGAUAAAGGAGAAGGUGAGGACGUUUCAGUUGGUUGAUCGCUACACGGAGUUAACAAUCAUUUCUGAUCUCCGUCACCGGAAACUGGUAGAACAUGAGCUGCUGGCGAGAGGCAGAGACCACGAGGAGUGGAGACAGAAGCAACUCCGGGGAGAGCUGGAAAAAAUCCGAACUGAUAAACUGUUCCACAGCAGCUUCUCAAAAAUAAAUAAUUUACCUUCUUCUCAGGGAAGCGGAUCUGACCCUCCUACAGGGACUUCCGCAGUAGUCAGUGGAGUGGCUGGGAUUGGAAAAACAACCAUGGUGCAAAAGAUUGUCCAUGACUGGGCCACAGGCAAAAUCUAUCCUCACUUCCACUUUGUAUUUGUUUUUAAAUUCCGAGACCUAAACAGACUUCACGACAGAGCAACACUGAGCCGUCUGAUCGUGGAUCAGUAUCCUUACCUCAGGGAUGUUCUGGAUGAGCUGUGGAAACACCCAGAGAGAUUGCUCUUUAUAUUUGAUGGUUUGGAUGAAUUCAGGACAAGGAUUGAUUUCGCUGACCGUCGGAGAGACACAGAGCCUCAGCGCAGGUGCACAGACCCUGGUUUCCUCUGUGAUGUUUCUGACAUUGUGUACAGUUUAAUACAGAACAAGCUGCUGCCAGGCUGCUCAGUGCUGGUGACCAGCCGCCCCACUGCAUUACAGUUACUGGCAAAGUGUCAAGAUGGAAAGCCCCGUGAUGUGAUGCUGAAGAUUGGUGAGAUGGCCUUCACUGGAGUCUCCCAGAGAAACAUUGUCUUUAAUGAUGAAGAUCUGAUCAAAUAUAACCUCCAGCCUUCCCAGUUCCUCUCUGGGUUUCUCAUGGAACUUGUGGAGAGAGAGUCUUCAGAGCACAGCGUGGCCUAUACAUUCCCGCACCUCACCAUCCAAGAGUUUGUAGCCGCACUCUUUCAGUUUCUGCCUCAAAAUGCAGGAAAUCUGCGGAAACUCCUGAAUGAAGCUCACAGGGAGAAGGACGGCCGGUUUGAGAUAUUCCUGCGCUUUGUUGCUGGUCUCUCCUCCCCACGGGCAGCUCAGCCACUGGAGGAGUUUCUGGGGCCAUUUGUCCAUCAGACAACCUGCGCGGUGAUCGAUUGGCUGAAGGGGAGAGUUAAAGCUCAGAUGCAAAACAACAAGAGCGACCGUGGGAAAAGGAAUCUGCUGAACACACUCCACUAUCUGUUUGAGUCUCAGAAUCAAACCCUGGCACAGCAAACACUGGGCUCUGUACAAACACUAACAUUGGGUGGUGGCUCUUCAGAGAUGACACUGACACCGAUAGACUGUGUUGUGCUGUCUCAGGCCAUUGCACUGUGUGACACAAUAAAACAACUGGAACUGAGUCACUGCAACAUUCAUGAUGAGGGUCUCCAGCGUCUGGUUCCUGCUUUGUACAAAUGUCAGGUGUUGCAGUUGGGGGGCAAUAAUCUGGGAGAUUGUGGAUGUGAGGCCACAAGCCAUCGUUUACAUAAAACUCUCAACAUGGAUUAA